AUGACGACUGCAGUCAGUAACCCACAGCUACGUCUGCUCAAUGCCUUGAGAACGAAUUCUAAGCCUAUCAUGACCUUUCUUGGUUUGCCAUCUUUUCGCGCAGCACAAAUUGUUGCGCAGACUGGCGUUGACGGUAUAAUCAUUGAUUGCGAACAUGGUCACGUCGGUGAUGAUUCAAUGCAUAGCGCAACAGCCGCGAUCGCUGCUCUGGGGGUGUCUCCGCUUGUUCGUCUCAGAAUGACACACCCUGAUUUAAUUAAGAGAGCGUUAGACGCCGGUGCACAUGGGAUUGUCGUACCGCAAAUAAAUACUGCCGAAGAAGCGCGGACUAUUGUCUCGCAUGCCAAGUUCCCUCCACAGGGCGUCCGGGGGCAGGGAUCGGCUUUUCCAGCUAUCGCGCAUGGAAUUGAUCUUGGAACGUAUAUCAAGACGGCCAACGAAACGAUUAUUACAUGCUUACAGAUUGAGUCAAAAACCGGGGUUGAGAAUGUCGACUCUAUCUGUGCCGUGCCGGGCGUUGAUAUGAUUUUCAUCGGACCUAACGACCUUGCAUUAUCAAUUCUUGGCUACGUUCCGGCCAGAGGGGACGAGCCUGAAUUUGUUGAGGCUUUUGAGAAGAUUGUUGCUGCUGCUAAGAAGCAUGGUAAAUGGGUUUCCCGUUUAUCAAACACUGGGGCAUUGUGCAAGGAGCAUUUGAAGGUCUUCGAUAGCGUGGCGUUGAGUUACGAUGUUCGUGCGAUUCAGAAUUGGUACACGGCGGAGUUGCAGAAUGCACGAUCGUGA